AUGGCGUCUGGUGGCAAAGACAACUGGCCACCACCUCUUGUGGAUGUCAGUGAGAGACAGAAGUUGGAGGAUGAAUACAGACAACAACUUCUUCAGUUGGAAAAAGAAAUCCAGACCCUGAAAAAGGUGUUGCAAGCAAAGGCAGCAGAAGCAUGUGAGUUGAGGAACAAAUUAGGCAUCAGUCCCAUGAAUGAGUUGAAGGAAGACAUCAGAUCUGGCAUUCAGGCCAUCCAGGAUUCCGAUGCAAUGCAGAAAACAAAUGCAGCAGUGAAGUCUAUUGGACAAUAUGCCUCAAAGGCUGUGGAAUCAUUAAAAAAUUCUAGUGCUGUUAAAUCAAUUGAAGACAAAGUGGGAACUGCAUACAAUACGGUUAAACAAAGAAUUUCCAAUUCGAACAUCUUUGGUGCACCUGCUGCGGAUGGAAAAUCUGCAGGAAGUGAUGUCACUGCAAGAACAGCUGAAGAUUUUGAUAACAAGUGCAACAUGCAAACUGCUGAAAACCAGACUAAAACAGGCAGUAGCAAAGAUAAAACUGACAAAGACAAUACCAACCAAACUGGUGCUUCUCCUAAUAAACAGCUUGAUAAAAACAUUCCUCCCAACAAAGAAGAUAACGCUGGUAACAAGUGCAACAAUAACAACCCACAAUCAUUAAGUGAUGAUAGCUUUGUAAUUAUUACAGGGUCACAGUCACUAAACUGA